AUAGACCGAAAAUGAAUAUUAUCUAUUAAAUAAAAAAUAUUAAAAGCUUUCAGAAGUACCCAAGUAUUUUUAUCACUGUUUCCAGAAAUAGAUUGAAUGAAAAUUAACCUUUUCAUUUUUGUAAAUCACAUUAUAUGACUUAUUUACCAACGACCUAUAACAAUUAAUAAUUUUUAGAAUUUCGAAACUAUGAGUCGUAGAACGAAGUUAGAAGACGCCCACGGUGCUACUGAAGUUUACACUGUGGCAUCGCGUUGUGUGCCAGUUUUAACAACGAUCUCGUGAAAAAGUGACGAAGACUAUUCAGGUAAACGAAAAACGACUGAUUUCCAAAAAUGGCUAGAUUAGUUAAUAAACAGUUCAAUUCUCCAAUUGGCUUAUAUUCUCAACAAAAUAUACAAGAUGUGAUCGAUAGAGAAUCUCAAAUGUUGUCAAAUGGAGCAGUAGGAAUCGAUUUUAAUAAUCCGAAUGUUGGUAAACCAUCGAAUUUGAAAAAUUCGGCUGUUUUAAGAAUGCUGGAGGAAGAAGAAAGACAUGGUUCUAGAACGGGUAAUAAUCAAAUAUUAAAUCCUCUUCGGGUGUGGCCACCACCAGAUUAUGAAAAAUCACAUCAACAGCGGUCAUCGUUUAAAGACGUCGUAACUCCAGGUGUCAAACGGGUAGCUUGGCCACCACCGCACGAAACUGAUACAACCAGUCCACACUUGGACCAAUCAACAGAAGGUGGCCCCCGAUAUCCUCCUCUUCAAGCUUCUAGCUACCAACAACCAAAAUCAAACGCUCCUUUGAAAUUGGACGUAUCCAUUUCCCAAAGUAGUGUACCGUCUUCAAUAUCUCCUUCGUCUAACCAAAGUCCUUUGGGUUAUAAAGCUCCAGUCGCCAACAGAGGCUGGGCUCCUGUACAAUCUCCAGUCAAUGCGCCAAAACAAUCUCCUUGGAACCAAAAUGAUUCCAAGAAGUGGCAAACUCAAUAUCAACCAACACAGCAGCAAUAUAUCGAAAAUGUUCAAGAGUUUAGUACUAAUUACGGCCAACAGGUCCCUAGGCAAGAUCAAUAUCAAAACCUAUACAACCAGUAUCAAUCUACUGAAAUAAAUUCUGCACAACAACGUCAAUACUUUUCAAAUCCUACACAAUAUCCCUCUCCGCAACGUGAACCCUCUCUACAGUCUUCUUACGGGCAAGGUGGUCCAGUUCAGACGAAUCCGCCAGCAUCAAAAUUUGUUGAACCCCCACCUACGUCUAUCACACUUCGCUCGCAAGUUCCAGUCAAUCAGGUCCCGUCUCCGAUAUUCACAUCUCAACCAGCUACGACGACGCUAAAAGGUGGCAAACAUCUCCGAGGUGACUUGAAAUGGCCUCCAGAAAGUGUCAAACUUCAAGCAGAAGAAGAAAAUAGACUACGAUUAGAAUUGGCCAAAGGACCUGUGUGUAGGCCACGUAAAGUUAAACGGGAUUAUACGUCAUUUUUUCAACAACACGCUUUGAACUUCAGUUAUCCCGGGUAUAAAGUUCCUCCAGGUACUCAAUUCUACAGGGCAGAAUAACAAGAUGAUUAAUUUAUAAGGCCCUAUGUUCAAUUGCAAUUCUAAAGAGGGCGGAAUAACUCUGAAUCGAUUAAUUUCACUUGAAUUAUUGAUUUUGAGAGCUUCUUAAAUCGAUUUAUAAAUAUAAAAGCAUUAUUUCUGUCCCAUUUAGAUGUUUUAAAAAAGCAGCUGUUUUAUAAUAUUUUUUUCAUGAAUUAGAUAUACGAUUUUUAGUAUUUAUAGCUUUAUUUGAAUGGCUUUUGUAAAAACGUGUGGCAAAACUAUAACAACCUAACUUGAAUUCUAUUUUCAAUUUGUUCAUACUUAAAAAACGAACAGUUUUCUGAGCAAAGUUGAUUUCUACUUUGCACAACGUUUUUCUAAAUAUAUUUAAACAGUGACGUGUUUUACUCAGAAGGAAUGAUUUAUUGACGUUAAUUUCCUUGUAAUUCUAUGAAUAUAUAUAUUUGGUAAAAAUUUUACUAUGAAAAAUGUUAGGCAAUCUCGAAGCUAGUACUUUUACCACAUCCUUAAAAGCAAGCUUAACUUCGUAGAUACAAGAUCAUUAUCACAUAUAGCUUAAAAAAUAAAGACGCUCGUUUAACAAAGGCAGUGGAGAUCAUUAACAUAAUACCCAACUGUCAAGUGGUAAUCGGUUAUUAUAAGCAAUAACGUUUCUACCGAAUAAAAUUCGUCGUUGAAUACGAUAUAACAACAAUCUAUAGUUUCUUCACCAAGGAGAAGAGCAAUACAUAACUGCCUUUGUAUCCUCUUUUCUUUUUAAACCAUUGAUCAACAAUUCGGUGCGUAUUAGUUAAAUGGUCUUCGGUUGAUUAAUUGGUCUUCUUCAUUUUAUUUCUUCUCAUUACACACUCAUGAGUGUUACUGCAGUAUAGUUAAAAAGGCGGACUAUUUCGCAAUGGGAUCAAAUAACAUCUUCCUAGGCCUUAAUUAUAUUUCUGUCAAAAUAGUUAACGUGGUAAAAAUUGUGAUAUCUUCAUUUAGUCAUUUUCUGAUGCUUAACAAAGGUACCUACAUAUCUAUACUAAUUGGUUUUCUUCAGAAAAACAUUAUCAAACGUUAAUCGUAGGUUGUUUGAAAUAUGAUCAUGAUAUAACCCAAAUUCCAAGGACAAAAAAUGAUUCCUUCUGGGUGUACGCUUCUACAUCACUGAGUAUAGAUUGCUGCUUUGAAAAUGUAUACAUUGGUUUCGUAUUUCAUAUGUCAUUGCAGCAAUGUUUUUAUGUAAAUAAACGUAAAUUAAAUGGCGUGUAAAAAAUUAUUUAUCACUUAUUUCUCUAUUUGUAAAUUUGAAAUACUUAUAUAAUUCAUUCUUAAUGCCAAACGACUAAAAUAGUGUUUGUUUUAAUACGCUAUCACAUUCUUUGGAGUGAAUAUAACAAUACAAAAAAUAUGUAUAUAUGUAUAUAAUAAACAUUGUAACAAACGA